UGUUGUGUUCUUGUGUACUAAUCUAAGGACUAGGGUAGUUAUCUUAAGACUUAAUGGAAAGAAACAAUCAGGUUCAAAGGUGGUUUACUCAGCUGCAUCUAUAGCCGAAAAUGCAGUGGGUUUCUUUCCUGAUUUACCUCAGGUUAUUCGUACGAAGCCUCACAGUGAAAUCAUGCGUUGGUACGUUAUGGUUAGCUAGCUUAAUUUUGUUCAAGGCAAUGUCUCUGUGUAAUGCGAGAAUCGAAGAGAAGAGCAUGCCACAUCCCUUAUUAGUAACGCCGACACUUGCUCUCACUUAUUCUCCUGCUUCGUUUUCACAUUUUCUGGUGAUUUGGCCGUCCUCGACGUCGAUCACGGGGAUGUACGAUCGACGUUAAGAGUUAGGGGAAGAAUUGGGGGGGAAGCGUUAAGCUA